AUAUAAUUUGUUUGCCUCCGCGUUUAUUCUCUCAUUACUGAUAGCACUGCAGCUUUCUUCUUCUUUGGGAAGCUGCAGCAGUCCUGUCUUCUCUGUCUGUUGGGUUCUAAACGUCAGCGCCUCCGCGAAGAGACCAGAUACCAAGAUAUGGCUGGACAGCAAUGAACUUACACCCAUAGGAAGUAAAGGCAAAAUGGUGUCGUUGAUGGUAACGACAAUGGAUGUGCAUACAUUACGCGCGGAAUAUGAAGGAAUCUCCCAUGUGUGGAACUUUUCAGUUGUUUUCAAUUCCAUCAGUGUGAGCAGCAGUGCGCACAGAACUGCGUAUCUCCCCCCCAGCGGAAGUGGGGGCAGGUAUUUCAACUCUUAUGGAAGAAUGCCACGGGACUCCACUCUUGCCCAUGCACUUAAUGAGCUGGAAAACCAUUGCUUGACCUGGGAAGCUCUCAAGGCAUUCCAGCCAAAUGAAGUGUUUCCCUGUGAAAACGACACUCAUUAUCUCUACCAAAAGGAGGACUUUAUCAUUGCACUUGGCCACACCCACCGCUUUCCACUGAGGGCGGAGUCUCGGGGUGCCUCCACGCUAUUGGUCUCCUGGCGAGGGAGCCCCCAUGACCUCCCCGACCCCCUGCACAGAGUGGCGCUGUACCGGCCGGACCUGGACGGCCUGGCGGUCCUGUGCAACGAGACCACGCGCAGGUGGCACUACCGAUUCGCUGGCCUGGACGGCUGCCGGAGCUACGUGGCGUGUGUGGAGAUGGCGCUCGGCCCCGUGGUCCUGUGCCUCACCGCGCUCACCGAUCCUGACGUGCCCAGGAACUUCAGGGUAACCGCUUGGGACAGCAACAGCGUGACCGUGGGAUGGGACUGCCCCCCGAGCGACCCCGCCUCGGGCCUCACCGCCUUCCUGCUAACGGUCUUCCACGUGGACGGCUCUGGCCACGUCCUGGAGGAGAGGAGCUUCAGACACACGCUGGGCAGCCCGGUGUUCACCGUGGGCAGCUUGCCCCCCUGUAGCAGGGUGCAGCUGGGGCUUCAGGUGGUGUGCCAGUCUACGGGCCAGUCCCGCCUCAGCAGGAUGGUCCUCAGCGAUGGAAACUCUGCAAACUCUGAAAUCAUAAACCUACACCAGUCCUCCUUUGGCUCCCGCAACUAUACGGUGAGCUGGUCCGUGCAGAACAUCUCCUCCAUCUCCAGCUUUAAGGUGUACCACCAGGGGGAGCUCCAGAGCUCCACGCUCCUCACCUGGCACACAGUGACAGGCCUGCUUCCCUGCCACCAGUACAGCUGCAGGGUGGAGGCCCUGUGUGGGGACAGCACGGUCAUGAGCGUUAGCACCAUCCAGACAAAAACAGGCCCUGGUGAAGUGUUGGAUCUCCGAUUUAGGCAGAAGGACUCGAUAGCCCUGUGGAGCGGCAGGUCUGGGGUGGGCGUGGCCUUCUUGUACCGCCUCUCUGAGAGGGGCGGCCCGAGCGUCCGGAAGGGGAGGCUGGCAGGCCCCCCCCUGCCUCUGCCGGGCCUGAGGCCUGGCUCCCCGUAUGACCUGGAGGUGGUGCCAGAGUGCGAGGGUGGCGAGCGUGGAGCUCCAGCUGUGCUCUACUUCAUCCCAGAGGAAGUCCCUGGCAGUGCCCCCAACGAUGCCCCUGGAGACAUCCUGCUACCCAGAGUUGUUGACUCUGCAGACCAAACAACAGAUCGCCUCGGACUGCAGGUUCACCUCCCCAGCCAUGAAAUGUUCCUUGUUGUGCCAUGGACAAUGCCGCCAUCGCUGGAGGAUCCGAGGGCAGAAGCUCGAGUCCUGCUGGAGGGCAUUAUUAAAAGCAAGCUGCAGAACUUACUGAGUAAGUUCUGGCCAAAAGCGGAGGUGCAGCUGAUCUCGUUUGAAGACAGCGAGAGGAAAACAAAAACCAAGAUCACUUUUGAAAGCUUUGAUGUUUCCAGCCAGGAUGGGGUAGUGAUCCUCCGCCCUGAGGAGCAGCUGCAGCAUAUUAUCUCUCUCGGCCACGCCCACAUCACCGUCACAGACGACAGCAUCUACUGGGAUGCAAACUCUGAAAUCAUAAACCUACACCACUCCUCCUUUGGCUCCCACAACUAUAUGGUGAGCUGGUCUGUGCAGAACAUCUCCUCCAUCUCCAGCUUUAAGGUGUACCACCAGGGGGAGCUCCAGAGCUCCACGCUCCUCACCUGGCACACAGUGACAGGCCUGCUUCCCUGCCACCAGUACAGCUGCAGGGUGGAGGCCCUGUGUGGGGACAGCACAGUCAUGAGCGUUAGCACCAUCCAGACAAAAACAGGCCCUGGUGAAGUGUUGGAUCUCCGAUUUAGGCAGAAGGACUCGAUAGCCCUGUGGAGCGGCAGGUCUGGGGUGGGCGUGGCCUUCUUGUACCGCCUCUCUGAGAGGGGCGGCCCGAGCGUCCAGAAGGGGAGGCUGGCAGGCCCCCCCCUGCCUCUGCCGGGCCUGAGGCCUGGCUCCCCGUAUGACCUGGAGGUGGUGCCAGAGUGCAAGGGUGGCGAGCGUGGAGUUCCAGCUGUGCUCUACUUCAUCCCAGAGGAAGUCCCUGGCAGUGCCCCCAACGAUGCCCCUGGAGACAUCCUGCUACCCAGAGUUGUUGACUCUGCAGACCAAACAACAGAUCGCCUCGGACUGCAGGUUCACCUCCCCAGCCAUGAAAUGUUCCUUGUUGUGCCAUGGACAAUGCCGCCAUCGCUGGAGGAUCCGAGGGCAGAAGCUCGAGUCCUGCUGGAGGGCAUUAUUAAAAGCAAGCUGCAGAACUUACUGAGUAAGUUCUGGCCAAACGCGGAGGUGCAGCUGAUCUCGUUUGAAGACAGCGAUAGGAAAACAAAAACCAAGAUCACUUUUGAAAGCUUUGAUGUUUCCAGCCAGGGUGGGGUAGUGAUCCUCCGCCCUGAGGAGCAGCUGCAGCAUAUUAUCUCUCUCGGCCACGCCCACAUCACCGUCACAGACGACAGCAUCUACUGGGACGACCCAGAUGAGUGUGACUCCCCCGCCCUGAACAAGUGCAGCUCCAACUCCAUCUGCAUCAACACCCUGGACUCAUUCACCUGCGUGUGUGAGCCGGGGUACUACAGCCUGAGCCCCAUCCUCAGCCCUGCCUGCCACGAGAAGGGGAUGUUCACGCUAUGCCUGAAGGACCAUGUAUCUGGGGGCAUCUCCAAGCCUUUCCUCAUCCACUACUUUGGCGGGAAUGUGACUGUUGUCCUCAAUGAUGGUCGCUGCUCCAUCAACGAGACGGACAAGUUUUAUUAUUACAGGAUAACUGGCGCCCCCUCCCAGUGUGGAGGCCAAACGCUUAUUAACAGGACGCAUGUGGAGUUGAGGAACACGCUGACUGUGACGCUCAGCAGCGGGAGAUCCAUCACACGGAGGGACCUGAAGGUGCUGUGGACCUGUGCCUACCCGCUGCUCCAGACCAGCACAGCCCACAUGAAGCCUGGUCUGGACUGGGUUACCUCUCACAGUGUGGUGCAGGUGAAUUCGUCCCUCCUCCUGGAGAUCAGCAUGGCCUUGUACAGUGACUCAUCUUACGCAUACAACUACACUGGCCCUGUGGAGCUCCCUUCUGCAGAGCAGCUGUACAUCCAGGUGACCCUGCACUGUGAAGACAGCCUGGCCUACAACAUGAGCCUACAGCUGGAGUCCUGCUGGGCCACACAGACUGCAGACCCACAAGAGGAGAAGGCGGCUUUUUUCCUCAAGGGGGGCUGCCCAAACGACAGAACCUUCCGCUGGUACCUCCGGAGCAGUUCCCCUCAAAGAAAGAGGUUCUCCGUUCAGAUGUUCACCAUGUCUGACCACUUCCACAUCUACCUUCACUGCCUGAGCAGAAUAUGCAGCCAAGAUGAGAACUGCACAACGGUAACUCCCCGCCACACCACUGCAAACUGCACACAAUGGUAACUCCCCGCCACUGCA